AUGCCGAAAAUUAGGCCCCUGUCUGCCGAGUUGACAAAGAAAGCUGCCGAAGAGCUGUUUGAGAAACCGGAACGGCUGGAUGAAGAUCUGGACGCCCUCCGGGUGUGGCUGUCGCAAUGCCCACACAUCAAGGCACGAACGGACGAUCAGUUCCUGAUGAUGUUCUUGCGUGGCUCGAAGCACAGCCUUGAGAGGGCGAAAGAGAAGCUUGAUAUGUACUACUCGGUCCGAACGUCCAUGCCGGAACUUAUGCUCAAUCGGGAUCCUGAGGAGGCCAAGAUCAAAGAGCUGAUUGAGUUGGGUUCUCUGAUACCGCUACCGAACACAGCAACCCCGGAUGGCCCGAGAAUCAUUCUUGUUCGACCCGGAGUAUACGACCCUAGUAAAUACACGAUUGAAGAGGUGUUCAAGUACAACACUAUGGUGGUCGAUAUUAUGAUGAAGGAGGACGAUAAUCUGAUCGUAGCUGGACAGAUGGGAAUCAUGGACCUGGCCAACACGACGAUGGCUCAUUUUCUACAUUUUAGUCCCUCAUUCGUGAAGGAGGCUACAACUUCCAUGGUGAUCGAUAUUUUGCUAGCGGGCGAG